GCCCGGCUGAAGAUGAGCUGUUAAAUCAACAGCGUCGCUCGCAGCUGGAAAGACGAGUGGAACCGUUUCUUCGAGGUCUGCAGCGGCCGCACAGAUAAAUAACACCAAGAUGACCAGGCUCCUCCAGCUGCUGGCUCUGCUCGCAGCCGCCUCUCUGUGCCUCUGCUACGAUUCUCAGGAAAGCUCCGAGUCCGUUGAAGAUUUAUUCGUGGCUCCCAGCCGGGCCAACUCGUUCAUCGCUCCUCAGAGGGGGACCCUGCACAACCCGUCCCGAGGCAGCGCGUUCAACUACUACAACAUGAUGAGGAUAAAGUCUCCAGCCGAGCGCCGCGCUGAGACCUGCGAGGACUACACCCCCUGCCGCUUCUACGCCUAUCGCUAUGGUUACCAGCAGGCCUACCAGCGCUUCUUCAGCUCCCAGGCCCAGACGCCUCAGAGAACAGCCUUCGCCCGCAGAUACUAAACACUCACAGCUCCUUUUUCUCUCUUUUUUUCCUGUUUUUUAAUUCUGUCUAACAUUUACCGAGACACCCGUCAUUAUGCACCUGUAGAACCCACAGUGUAGCUUUACAUAAUCCCACUUCAUCCACUCCUGCCCCUGUAUUUAAGAGCUUUAAACACAAGUCUGUACACAUGUGUUUGCUUCUAAAUGUGUUUAGUAAAAUGACAUGACUGAUAACUCUCCGUGGCGUCUGUUUGGAUUGUAUCAAUGUGUCAAAACGCUGUUAUUUCUUUACCUGACGCAGAAACAGUUUAACACACAAAUAAAGAUGAGUUUUAACGUGUUUUUAAAGAGUUUAUUAUCUGUUUUUAGGACGCAGAGAGAGGACAGCAGAGUCAGUUUGUCAGCGGUGCUUGUUUACUUUUCUUUACUGCGUCCACAAUUACAGCUGUGCUCAGGUCCGGACAAUAACGAGUCUGGACGCACAAAUUACAGUCCACACGAAGCAGAUGAGUGUAACUUUAGACGCACACGCUGAUACGGGGCUUAUAUUCACUUUAUUUAUAGAGAAAUAUUUAAAAUCAUAUUAUAUUUAGUCAUUCUGUCGUUCUCACUCUUU